AUGGCUGCUCAGCCAACCGUGCAUCAACUAUUCAGACGCCUGGAAACUGUAGGCAAGGGUGCCUAUGGUUCCGUCCAUAAAGGCGUCCAUAUACCCACCGGAAAUAUCGUGGCCCUAAAAAUCAUCAACUUAGACACUGCUGACGACGACGUGGAAGCCAUUCAACGCGAAGUAGCUCUAUUAACCCAGCUUCGCGAUGCCCCAAACGUCACCAAGUAUUAUGGUUGUUAUCUUGACGGCCCGCGUGUUUGGAUCGCUAUGGAAUUCGCCCAGGGCGGAAGUGUCCGCACUCUCAUGCAGACUUCCAAGGACCGUGUUCUUGAGGAGCGGUUCAUUGUACUUAUCACCCGUGAGGUUGUCAUUGGGCUCAAUUACCUACAUAAAUCUGCCAUCAUCCAUAGAGACAUCAAAGCCGCUAACAUCCUCAUCACUGCCACCGGUAAAGUUAUGAUUUGCGACUUCGGUGUCUCCGCACUCUCUGCCACAACUACGAGCAAACGAAACACUCUGAUGGGCACCCCGAAUUGGAUGGCUCCCGAAGUAGCACAGCCAGUGCCAACGUACGAUAGCAAGGCCGAUAUUUGGAGUUUGGGCAUCAUGAUUUAUGAGAUGGUGAAGGGUGCACCUCCUCACUCAGAUUUGAGGGAUGCAAUCAAGGUCAUGCAGUUAAUAACCAAAGUACAACCCCCUCAAUUGGUCGAAGCGGAUGGUAGCAAAGAAAUGCGAGAGUUCGUAUCGCACUGUCUCAAAGUCUCUCCAAAUGAGCGAUUUUCUGCUGAUGAAUUACUAAGAACGAAGUGGAUGAAAUCGGUGUCAAAGGCAAACGUGUCUACUUUACGGGAGCUGAUACUCCGGUACGAUGCUUGGAUGAAAAAUGGGGGUACUCGCAAUAGCUUAGCGGAACCACUCGACUGGGAGAAUGAGGAGAAAAGAGAGUGA